GAAAUAAGAUGGCGGCGCUGCGGGCUAUCCGAGGGAUGGUGAACGGAGCUGUGUCCGAGCUGAGCGGCGGCGGCGGCGGCGGCGGCGCGCGGGAGCAGGCGGCUGCCAUCACCCGCGACUACCUCUCUCAGCCCCGUCUCACAUAUAAAACAGUAUCUGGAGUCAAUGGGCCACUGGUAAUCUUGGAUCAAGUGAAGUUUCCUAGAUACGCAGAGAUUGUGCAUUUGACACUUCCUGAUGGAACAAAGAGAAGCGGGCAAGUGUUGGAAGUCAGUGGAUCCAAAGCUGUGGUUCAGGUUUUUGAAGGAACUUCAGGAAUUGAUGCUAAGAAAACAUCUUGUGAAUUUACUGGGGAUAUCCUUCGAACCCCAGUAUCGGAAGACAUGCUCGGGCGUGUGUUUAAUGGAUCAGGAAAGCCCAUAGACAGAGGCCCUAUGGUCCUGGCUGAAGAAUACCUUGAUAUCAUGGGUCAACCAAUAAAUCCUGAGUGUCGAAUCUACCCAGAAGAGAUGAUUCAGACUGGAAUUUCUGCUAUAGAUGGCAUGAACAGCAUUGCCAGAGGACAGAAAAUCCCCAUUUUCUCAGCUGCUGGCUUGCCCCAUAAUGAGAUAGCAGCGCAGAUCUGUCGCCAGGCAGGCUUGGUGAAGAAAUCCAAAGAUGUGAUGGACUACAGCGAACAGAAUUUUGCCAUUGUGUUUGCUGCUAUGGGAGUGAACAUGGAAACGGCUCGGUUCUUCAAAUCAGACUUUGAGGAAAAUGGCUCCAUGGACAACGUGUGCCUGUUCUUGAACUUGGCAAACGAUCCAACCAUUGAGCGCAUUAUCACACCUCGCCUUGCAUUGACCACAGCAGAGUUCUUGGCUUAUCAGUGUGAGAAGCAUGUCUUAGUUAUCCUGACAGAUAUGAGCUCCUAUGCCGAAGCUCUGAGAGAGGUCUCAGCUGCCAGGGAAGAAGUGCCGGGUCGGCGUGGCUUCCCUGGUUACAUGUACACAGAUCUUGCCACUAUCUAUGAACGGGCGGGAAGAGUGGAAGGCCGGAAUGGGUCCAUUACUCAGAUUCCCAUACUUACUAUGCCCAACGAUGAUAUCACUCACCCCAUCCCUGAUUUGACGGGAUACAUUACUGAAGGACAGAUCUACGUGGACAGACAGCUGCACAACAGACAGAUUUACCCACCUAUCAAUGUACUUCCCUCUUUGUCUCGAUUGAUGAAGUCUGCUAUCGGAGAGGGGAUGACCAGAAAGGAUCAUGCUGAGGUUUCAAACCAGUUGUAUGCCUGCUAUGCCAUUGGGAAGGAUGUCCAAGCCAUGAAAGCUGUUGUAGGGGAGGAAGCCCUUACUUCAGAUGAUCUUCUCUAUCUUGAAUUCCUGCAGAAGUUUGAGAGGAACUUCAUUGCUCAGGGGCCCUAUGAGAACCGCACUGUUUACGAGACGCUAGACAUCGGCUGGCAGCUCUUGCGUAUCUUCCCCAAGGAGAUGCUGAAGAGAAUCCCGCAGAGCACCCUGGCAGAAUUCUACCCUCGAGACUCCACUGCAAAGCACUAGCCGCACCUUUCAGCUUUGUGAAAACGCUGGGUUUUUUUUUCUUCCCUUGUGUUGGUGUUUACUUGUCCUCCCUGUAAUUAAACCAAGAAUAAGUGACAUAUUCGUGCCAGUGUUCCUGAUGGGCUGAAGCUGACAGAGUUUAAAAUAUUGCCCCCUUUCUCAGACAACUGGGUCUUGAAUGGUUUACAUUAACAGGGGGGCAGGUAUUGUAUCAUACUAGCUCUGCCGAUUGUAUCAUACUAGCUCUGCCCUCUUGGUUUACUGGGGGGAAGUUUUUGGAAGUG